AUGAAUACGGAGAAAUUGGCCACAAUUUUGGCCAUUGUCAUUUUGUACCAAGAGGCUAAGAGAGAGGCUUCGGAGCUGAGGAGACAGCUGCAGGUACAACGAGCCAGAAUGAGGAGGAGGAGCAACAGAUGUCGUGCAGUCCUGGCGUUUGUUGCUGGUUGUGCAAGUUAUGUAACUAUAAAGUACCAUUUCAUCUUCGUUUUUAAAAUGAACAAAAGAUAUAUAGUCAUGGUGUAUUUACAUAGGUGUAUUUAUAUAUAUAUUUUUUAAUUUGUUUAUUUCAAGUGAUAAAACAUUACUGAAACUGUUACGAAUCCUCAACUGAAUCCUUUCCAUCACUAUUUGAAAUUUGAUGCCUGUGGUUAUUUCCCAGCACUGUCUUCUCUUGAAGACAGUGCUGGGAAAUAGUAGUAGAACCAUGAAUGGACGUAGUAAAAUAAUGAAAGUUCACAUUAAGAUCCAGUUACAGUUACAGUAAGUGCAAAUUGUGGAUCUGAAAUGGAAAAGAAAGAGAUCUAGCUAAGUAGCAUGGUGAUUGACUGUAUUUGAGUCGAUUUCAGUAAGGCAACACACUCAGAACCCAAUGUAUCAGGAGGUUUACUCACAUAAGAAGUUUAACAAUCAACAGACACUGCGGGAUGAAACAAGUUCAGUUUAUUAACAUAAUUAAUAAAAACAAUUAACAGUUGCAAACUGAAACAUGUUUCUCUUUUAAAAACAAUCAAACUCCAAAGAGGUACGCACAGAUCAACAGGCAUGUGCCAAUCCUCCACACCUUUUUUUCGGAGGGUGCUGAUCUUAGACCUGCCUUCAGGCUCUCCAAGACCACUGUGGAAGCUCUGAUCCAGAUGCUGCCUCCUCGGGAAAAGCCCCAUGGCUGGAGCCAUGAAAUUGAGGUGGCUGUUUGCCUGUACUGGCUGGCGUGUGGAAGCUCCUACCGGGUGACAGCCGACAUAUUUGCCAUCCCAAGAGCCACAGUGGCCAGAAUUGUUCACAAUGUGGUAGAGGAGAUGAUGAUCAUCCUUCACAGGACUGUUCACUUCCCCAAGCUGGAGGAUAUGGAGGAGGUGGGGGCAGGAUUUGCCCAACUGGCUGGCCAUGAGGCAUUCCGCUGUGUGGCAGGCACAAUCAAUGGGUGCCACAUCCGCGCCAUCCAACCUGCUGAACCACAAAAAAAAAGUUACAUCAAUCAGGAGCUCUUCACCUCUGUGGUGCUCCAGGAUGUGUGUGACAGCUCUGGAAAGUUCUUGGACACCUAAGUUGGAAAUACCGGCUCUGUGCAUGAUGCCCUGGUCCUCCGUAGGUCACCCAUGUAUAAAGAGUCCCUUUAUCCACCACCUGACUACGUCCUUCUUGGGGAUGGAGGGUACCCAUGCCUGCGGCAUUCAGUCACUGUCAUAACGCUGUACCACCAGCCCUUAGCAGGUAAGAAAAGACUUAGGAAAAUGUUUAUUACAUCACAUAUCAGUUGUUACUAUGCAUUUGCAUUCUGGGAUUUCUAUCAGAUUGAAACAUUAACAUGAGAAGUACUUAUCUGUAUUUCUCACAAUGAGGCCGUGUUGAGGAAUGCUUCAACCAGCAUCACGCCAGGGCCAGGAAUGUGGUGGAGCAAGCCUUUGGCAUGUUGAAGACCCGCAGGGGAGCCAUAUUCUUAUGGGCUUUGGAGAUCCGGCCUGUAUUUGCCCCAAAGGUGGUCACAGCCUGCUGCAUCCUCCACAACCUCUGCCUGGCCACAGGCAAUAUCCUGGAGGAGGAACAUCAUGAAGAUGAUGGGGGGGGGGUUCAGGAAAAUGGCACAACCGAAAACACUACCAAGCACUCUGGUGUCAACCUUCAUGUCAAUCCAAUAGCUAUCUACAGGUAAAGUUAAAAAGUGCUCUAAUUAUGAAGCACAAGUGUUUCAUAAUUUGUGAAACAAGGGAAUGAAUGCAAUCCCUAUGGAUAUGCAACAUAUUUAUUAAAUGAACAAAAAAACACAAAUACUCAAUAAAUAACCAUGAACUAACAACUGAACUAACAAGACUUAAAAUUUAUCUACAAGUUUUUCAAAUAUUUUUCCACCCUUUCUGCUGCUGCUCUCUCCCUUGCCUCUCCCCUGGCCACUGCCUCCCUCUCUCGGUCUUCGUCUCUCUCUGCCUGCUCUUUCAUGAGUCUAAGUAGUUCUUCCCCUAUUUUUGCCCUCUUCUUGGGCAGUGGUGCUCCUUCUCUGGGAGGGGCGGAGGACGGAGAGGUGACAACACCACCUGUAGUGGAGGUCAGGUUGGCUGCCGCGACCAGGGGUGGACGGAUGGAAUGCUGCCCCUGGAGUGCAGCAUCCAUCAUUCUAACCACUUCCAGGUGGUAG